GUUACAGCUAUCUUUUAACAAAUAAUGUCGUUAAGUUGAAAUUUAUAUUAAGUAGCUGUUUAUUUAUGUCGGUUUCGUUUAGUCGACGACUCUUCGGCCUGUUCGAACUAAUGUUAGCCUAUUAGCUGCUAAUAUUUAAACUAGGCUGGGAUGAGGUUCAUUUCUAGUGAUCAAUGGCCAUUUGCGUUUGAGAAUAUGGUUAACUUGCGUUAAAAUGAGCUUUUGGUCAUAAAUAACCAAUGGCUUCGUCUAGUUUCUGGUUGGUUGGCCUUUCAAUACGCCCACAAAGAGAUACACAUGGGUGUAAUCAACCAGACCUAUGCAUGUAUCAUAUAUGCUAGUCGUAUAUUAGAUUUAAUCAGGCAUUAAAGUGAUUAUAAGUGACCGGAUAUGCUCCUGGCAUCAUGCAUGCAGCGGCUGAAAGCAACAGUUUCUUAUGUUGAGAUCUUCAUUGCGUGUGUGCUGGAUAUGAGGAAAUGUCUGGACUGGGGCAGGAAAAACAGCCCUGCAGUAUUUGUGCAUGAGGUUCUGAAUGCAGUUUGUCAGUCCAGUGUGGUUGAGACAUGGCAGAAGAUCAGUUAAAGGCAGACGCCUCAGCUGGGGAGGGGGAGACGGAGCCCAGUAUGCUACUGCAGAAGCUUAAAAGCAACAUUUCUAAAAAUGUGCAGGGCAAAGUGGACAAAAUUUUGGAAGAUGUACAGCGUUUCUCUGACAACGAUAAGCUCUACCUUUAUCUACAGCUACCCUCAGGUCCAGGCGCAGGAGAGAAGAGCGGUGAUUCAAACUCAGUCAACACGGCAGACCAGCUACACACCUGCAACUGGAUCCGUAGCCACUUGGAAGAACAUCCUGACACCUGCCUGCCUAAACAAGAUGUUUACGAGACAUACCGGAAGCACUGUGACAACUUACAGCAUCGGCCUCUAAGUGCAGCAAAUUUUGGCAAAAUCAUCAGGGACAUCUUCCCAAACAUUAAAGCACGAAGACUGGGUGGUAGAGGACAGUCCAAAUACUGCUAUAGUGGGAUACGUCGAAAAACCGUGUUAAACAUGCCAUUACUGCCCAACCUGGACCUCAAAAAUGACCCGUCUGAACUGACAGAACUGGUGCAAACCUACAAGCAAGAGGUCACCGAAGCAGCCUGUGAACUUAUCUGUGACUGGGCCCAGAAGAUCCUGAAGCGGUCGUUUGACACGGUGGUUGAAAUCGCACGUUUCCUCGUACAGGAGCACAUCGUCAACCCACGCUGCAGCCAAGCCGAGCUUGUCACUUCAGCUGCUCUGGCAGGCGGACCUUCUAAACCUCAUAAAGUAAUCAAAAAGAUUCCAGCAUCUUCCCGAGCAGGUGGAGCAGAAGAAGAUAAUGUCGGUGCAGAAAAUAAGCAAAAAGAGAAAGACUGCGUGGAACAGCCCCCAUCCAAUAAGCAGCAGGUCAGUGAUAAACCAACCAACAAGGUUGAGUCUGCUCGAGUAGAAGCCUAUAUGAAGAAGCUGCCUCAGCUCCUUCCCAGAGGCACCGCUCCAGAGAAAACCUCCCCACCGUGUCUCGCACCAGCCGAUUCAGGCAGCGUUCAAGUAACUCUGCCCAUCACAGUCGCAACGAUACCUUCUCAACCAGGCGGCACCGUCCCUGUCAUGAUUCUGCCCUCAGGCGUGAGCCUUUCUUACCCAGAGCGCGAGAAAACAUCGGUCACGGUGGCCACUUCCGCUGCUCCCACUCCGGUCGUCCAGAGAGCGCGACCGGCGGCUCCUAAGCGGGGCCCUGACCCCACCACCUCAGUGUCAGCUGCAGGUGUCGCUCCGAAACGCAAAAGAGGACGACCCAGAAAGCAAAGACCAGAAGACAUGGCACCGCAGUUGCCGCCAGUCCUGACCUCAAACCCAAAUCCAACUUUGCUCACGAGAGGAGUAAUCCAAAAGGCCUUGCCUUCCUGUGCCUCCACCGCUCCUUCGCAGCUCGUGGAAAUCGUGAUCCAGGACCAGCAAGGCCUGAUGCUUAGCCAACUUCCCACCAUCCAGGAUAUGACAGACGCUGAGCACAGAAGUGUAGUGGUACAAUGUCAGCCUGCAGCAGAACCCGAGAAACAGCAGUCCGUCCUGCUAAUGCAAGGGCCCAACCAACCGGGUUACGAGCUGAGCCGCAGGAUGGUCAUCCAGCGUGCCCCCUUAUCUAGAGAAGGAAGGCCGGCUGAUCUAGAAGUGCCACAGUCCACCGUUUCGUACCUCCCUCCGGCAACGUUAUUAGAGGACAGAGGAGAAGUGGAAAUCACUCUGACUCCUGUGGAGCCGCAGGUCGAUUCCAUGCCAAACUCAGCAGGUAUUCCCAGCUCCUUCGGCUCCUCGUUUGUAGAAACCCCAAAACCGGACGCCCCAUAAAAGCCUCUCAGCACCCGCCUUCCCUGAUCUCAAUGUGCAAUGCCUUUCCAGUGCUUCUGUGAAUCGCAUACUAGCUUGUAGUCAAACUGAGGCGUACCAUCUUGGCUGAGCUUGACUGGGUGUGUCUGCUUUUUGUGUAAAAAUGAUGUAUAGAAGUACAACCUGUCAUUGUUGCCUUCAAACAGCAACUACACUCAUAUUUUCAUACGAAACAUAAGUGAAGACUCCAGGAGUGCUUUUAAAGAGAUUAUGAAUUUAAGUGGCCUAGAACAAAAGUUUAGACUGUUUUGACAAGAAUUUUAGAGCAUUGAAAAAUGAAAUGAAUAGAUAUACUCGCAAAUUAAAGUACAGUCUGGUCCAGCUCAGUUAUUAAAUGAAAGGACAUGUAAAAAAAAAAAAAAAAAAAAACACCAACAACAACAAAAAAAAAAAAAGAUAAAUCAUCAGAGUUACCAAGGACCUGCUUACCAUCUGUUGGUGUUUGUCACCAUUCUCAGUGCCAUAAGAGAGCAGUAGGUCUUUUUUGCUCUAACCGUCUUUGCAUGUUUGUGUUUGUAAAACAUGAAUUGAGACAUUUGAGUGUGUUUUCUAGCUGUUCAGAUGACAAAGAGUGGUAUUACGGGUUUGCAACUUCAGGGUUCUAAAAAAAAGUCCCUCCCUCACCCAGUAAAUGGGUUAAUAGUUUUUUUUUGUUUUUGUUUUUCUUAAAUGUCGCAAAUGACAGAUAUACAGACUUCGAAAUUACUACAUCAAGUUGCUGUUGUGAAGGUCGCGAAGACACUACUGGUUCAGAUGGUGCACAGUAAAUGUGGAUGCACAGUGAAAACGAAGACCUCUAAAGUCCCUUUAAAUAUGCAAAUGAGGCUACGAUUUUGUGGGCUCAAAGCCCGGCCCCCCUGCGAUCAGGUCUGUCCAGUCGUUCUCUUACAGCAACGUAAUUUAGCACUUAACAGAUGUAAAUAGUUUAUUCAUGAGCCCAGAAGAAUAUCUUCAUAGGUAAAGUGUACCAGAACUAAUUUAAAAACGUUUUAUUUUCCAAAUGUAUAGCCAUCAUCACUAUAUUGCUACUAUGGAAUAUUAUAAUUAGUAACUAGUAAAGCGUGCACCGACACCCUAAAAGCAUGUACAAAAAAAUAGAUGAUGUUAAAUUUCUGAAAUUUGAUAAUAUUAUUUAAAUUUAAGCUGAAAUAUGUACUAAUUAUUUAUUUAUAAAAAAUGUACAAAGCUUGAGCCACAACAGCAUCUUUUUGUGUAGAUUAUCAUGUCUUAAAGGAGAAUUUUGCUCUACAUAGCCUUAAAACUAUUUUUAUUAGUUGUUAGUAGCCAAAAGUCCAUUAAAGUGGGUUUAAAAAAUGAAUUCGCAAUUUAAUACAAAAAUUUUUUGUUGUUGUUUGAAAGUCAAUUAUAAAUAGAACGGGAUUUGGUAGCAUUUUACGAAUAUUUUUGAUGCGAUUUAUUUCGUUUAAAGGUAUUGGAAGGCUAUGAAUUUUGGGGAAAAAAAAUCUCCUUGAAGGUUUAUGCUCAACAAAGGUUUAAUAGGCACUUAAUUUAAAAGCAAGGCCACUCCGAUUAUGUACAAAGAGAUUUGAAAUCAGAUGUUGCUAUUUAUUCAAAUAUCGUAGUAAUAUAUGUGAGAUGGGAAAUUGCUAGAGGUGAUCAUUUUACUGUGGAGUAAUGGUGCUUUAAAAAGCUAAACGGGUUUAACUAACAACACAAAUGAUUGUGAUUCACAAGGCAGUGAUUUCACCAAUCAGCAGUCCGACUGCACUUGACAUCCGCUGCUCACUGGUGCUGAUUCUGGGUAGAAUUACCGUGGUACAAUGGUGGCAAAAUGGCAACUGGCUGUCAGACAGCCCGCUAGAGUCACGUCAGCAUAAAUUACAUUAAGGCUCGUGAAAUGAAUGUGGUAUAUAUGUCAUGUCGAAUUCUGAAGAAACACGGCUGCUUAAUUUACUCAAGGUUUAAAGUUUGACUCUAACCAAAAUUAAUGGAAAUCUUUUUUUUUUUUUUUUUUUUAGAAUCACAGGAGCUUUUAUUUUGUACAUUGUGAUAUUGUUAGGGCCUGUUGCUUUUUGAUCAUUUGUGUUCAUUGUAAGUUUUUCACGCUUAAAGAUAUAGUCCAUCCAAAAAUGAAUACUCGCCCUCAGGCCAUCUAAGACAGGUUUACAUUUUUAGAGAAAUCGGAACCUCUGCAGUGAAUGGGUGCCGUCAGAAUGAGAGUCCAAACAGCCGAUUAAAAACAUUGCAAUGAUUCACAAGACUCCAUCAAGUCUAUUCUAUUAAUAAAAACAUCUUAAGGAUAGAUUUAUUUCUUACACUAACAAACUCCACAGUAUUUUGGUUGACAAGAUAUUAACUGAUGUACUGGAGUCAUGAGGUUUACUUGCGAGUUAUUAUCAGGGUUUGAACUCUCAUUCCCACGGCACCCAUUCACUGCUUUGAGCAAGUGAUGUAAUCUGUUCUGAUGAAGAAACUAACCCAUCUGCGUCUCAGAUGGCCUGAGGGCGAGUGCGUUUUUUGGCAAACUAUUUUUUUUAAAGGCAAUGCACAGUUCUAAUCUUCUGCCUCAUUUGCAGUCCUGAGAUUUGAAUACUAACGUUAGAUCUUAAUAUCCUGACAACAGCAAUCCCUGUGAAAUAAAAUAUAAAAAAAAAGCUGUAAUUUACACGAUUAAACCGCAAUCGGUUAAUAAAGUGAUUCAUUUUGACUGUUCUGGAUUCAUAAGAAUAACAGAACAGCGGGAUAUUAGAUUUAUAGGAAUCUAACAAAUUGCAUAAUAUUUACGGAAUGGAUGAAGGAGUGAAUAAUCAGAUCUGUAGCAGCGAAGUACUUGUAAAACGCAGUUAAAAGGGAUAUUUCAUGGGAAUAAACAUGAAAACAUUUUAAGCAUAUGAUCAUUUAUAUCCAUUUUAUGGAUGUAUUAUUCAUACUCUCUAUCCAUUGACAAACAAUGCCAUUUUUUUGUGUCACACACCACAGAAAUGUAACAUAUUCAGUACAACAUAGUGCCUCGUACAAACCACUGUGCUCUGUAAAUAUCCAUUUUCUUUGCAUUGUUUACGAGGUUGUGAUUUCGCUCUGAAGCACGGAGUGGAUUGUUCGUUUGUGAACUUCGGUGAAGGCUCUCAAAACCGUUGCCCUCGACAAGAAGGAAAACCAAAACGGCACCCAUCGGCGUCGGUCAUCCUUCGUGUUUCGUUGUGACGAACACAAAAAGAAACCAACCGCGAAAGGUGUCCAGCACAUUAACAUCUCACGGAGUCAUGUAGAAUUGUUAAUUAGCCGAGAUUUUUCUAUCAACCCCCGUGAAAUUUGCAUAAGUGUUCAUUUUGUUGUGCGUGUCAGUACUAUGCCAUUUUUACCGUAGACAUCUAACAUGUCUAAUGUUAUAUUCUGAUUAUCGCCUUUUUUUUUUUUUAGUCAGUCCAUGCAUGGUUUGUGUAUUGAAUACGUUUCUAAAGAGUUGUUACGGAGGAUCCGAUAUUGGUUUGGAGUUGCGCCGCUUCUUUCGAAAAACAUUUGAACCCUGGUGUUCGUCUUGCACUUUAAUUUUCUUAACGGAAAGCACACAGGGGGAGAAAAAGAUGAAAUGCAGCACCUUGUAUGUUAUUUGUUUUUGUACUUAUGAGGUCUUCUUUUUGAAAAGGUUUGCUUUUUUUUGUAUUUCAUGUGGUUUUUUUUUCGUGUUAAAACUGUACAAUUGGACAUCUUCCAUAUAAAAAGAAAAGGAAAUUAUCUCUGACUGUGAGCACAUUUUCAUAAAUCAGCACUAAUAAACAAUAUGUAUGAUGUGUUUCUUUA